CUCAAACCAGACAGCGUCACCAGCAUAUGGCCAGUAAUCCAAGGACCCUCUACAGCAUCGCACGAAUGGCACAACGGCGUUGACAUGUAGGUGCGUUAGCUUGGAUCAUUGCAUCCUUACUGUACUCCGUACUCCGUACAGUCCCAGCACAGCCAGAAUUGCGGGGGUUCCUUCGCGCGAAUAAUCAGGCUGCUUUGAUCAUGGGGGGCAUCGCAUGUAUAGCCUGUUGCCUGAUGGCCUGGAAGGACUUCUUAAAUGCCCGUCUCCUUCUCUUAAAUCAAUCAGCAUGUUGCUGCUUGGGGCAAGUAUUCUUUUGCUGGUUUACCAAAAACCCUUUUCCGUAAUAGAAGCAUUUUGGACUUGUCUAUACCGUUCUGAACCUUUUUUCCCUUAACCCUUGAAAAGAGACAUUCAACUACGGUAACAUGGAUCCUGCUCAGUCAGUGGCAUCUACUGAAGAUGAUUUCGAAAUCAUUGAUGACCAAAUUCCAAUCCGCUCCCGCCCGAGCACAGGUACCAAUAUUGCCGGAGAACGGAAUCCCAAUGAAGUGGCGGUUCAACUGCAUCCCCUGCCAGACACCAACUCUAUGAUACUCUCCGUUCACCCUCCACUGCAUCCUGAAAAGGAACUCCGUCAUGUUCCGUGUGACAUUGUCCUUUGCAUUGAUAUCUCCUACAGCAUGUCGUCGAGCGCUCCCCUGCCUACGACUGACGACUCAGGAAAACCCGAAGACACCGGGUUGAGUGUCUUGGACUUAACCAAGCAUGCUGCCAGGACAAUAAUUGAAACACUCAACGACAACGACCGCCUCGGCGUUGUGGCUUUUUCAACUGAUGCUGAGGUCGUCUACAAGAUAUCCAAUAUGAACGAAGACAACAAGAAAGCAGCGUUGAAAGCGGUGGAAGCUCUGUGGCCAUUAUCUUCAACGAACUUAUGGCAUGGAUUAAAAUUGAGCCUGGAGGCGCUUGAGGAGGUAACGCCCAUACCGCAGAAUGUUCAAGCUCUUUAUAUCUUAACCGAUGGCAUGCCAAAUCAUAUGUGUCCAAGGCAGGGGUAUGUACCGAAAUUACGUUCCAUUCUGCAGCAGAAGGAUCGCCUGCCAAUGAUACAUACAUUCGGGUUUGGCUACUACAUUCGCUCAGGUUUGUUGCAGGCGAUUUCAGAGGUCGGCGGCGGAACUUAUUCCUUUAUCCCGGAUGCAGGAAUGAUAGGUACCGUCUUUGUCCAUGCUAUUGCGAAUCUUUACACGACUUUCGCGACUCAAGCAAUGAUAUCGAUUCGGACCUCGGGUUCGGUAGAGAUAGCGCAAGACGAAGGUAGCAAAACGGGUCUCGGACUGUAUGAGGAGUCAACAGAGGACGGCGCUCUCGCAGUGACCGUUGGCAGCUUGCAAUACGGCCAGUCUCGCGACGUAAUUAUCCGGAUGAAAAAUGCAACAAGUAAACCGUCGACGGCCCAAGCAACAUUAACAUAUAAUUUCCAGGGGAAUGCUAAAUCAGUCGCUUCUAGCGAGCAGAUACUCUCUCAGCGCACAUCUCUUCCAGCUCAUGUUUCCGGCUAUCAUUUGUCUCGUGCGCGUAUCUGUGGCUUUUUGAGGACUCUCUUCCCUCUCCGGCCAGAUAAACAGUAUGCCAGUCUUACUAAAGACCAGCUUGAGAAUGCAAAGCAAGAGCUGGAUUCCAUAAUCAAAGAAAUAAAACAGCUUGGAUAUACCGACGAAGGGAAUGGUAGCCUAGUAAGGGAUCUCGCCGGUGAAGAACCGGAAGGCCAAAUUAGCCUUUCCAUCUCGACUCAAGCCAACUAUGAGAAAUGGGGCAAACACUACCUGCUUUCUCUUCUCAAUGCGCACAUCCGUCAGAUAUGCAAUAGUUUCAAGGAUCCCGGACCUCUUGAAUAUGGCAAGAACUCCCCCUUCUUCUGCCGGUGCCGUGAGGAGCUUGAUACCUGUUUUGAUAAUCUUCCCCCACCGAAGCCAUCGAUCAUCCAGAAGACGCGUGAUGGGACAGUUGUACCCCGCGCGUCUUACGCAAUGUCUCGAUACAACUGCAGGAACAAUCCUUGCUUUGCCGGCCAUUGCAACAUCCGCCUUUCCGAAGGGAACGAUAGCGUACCGAUCGAGAAUCUUCGCGCAGGGACCAAGGUGUGGACUCCGUGCGGCCCGCGUCGCGUUAGGGCCAUUUUGGCUACAGCUGUCAAGGACACUGUCGUCUGCAAUAUCGGCUCUUUAAUCAUUACUCCAUGGCACCCAAUCCAGGUAGCAGGAGACUGGAUGUUCCCCUCAGAUGUAUCAGAACGGAACACCCCAUUCUCGGGCAAAGUCUACUCCAUAUUGCUUGACUCUAGCCCCGACUCGGAUGCCCAUGCGAUCAUGGUAGAAGGGCAUGUCUGCGUCUCACUUGGUCACGGCGUCCGGAGUGGUAACGAUGUUCGUGCACAUGCCUUCUUUGGCAGCUACCCCAGUGUUGCUAGGAGCCUGGCAUCGCUUCCCCGUGACGUCAACGGGGUCUUGAGAUGUUCAGGGGUGAAACGAAACCCAUUAACAGAGUUAGCUUGUGGAUUUAUUGGUGAGGGAAGAUCCCGAGUAACAAUAAACAAAAAUUCCUUCAGGAGAUCCGUAAAAACGGGGCUUCACUAUCGCUUUCGCGCUCCGAUGACGUCGGCCUCAAGCCGACGAACCGCUUGUCUGGUUUUUUAAAGCUUGAGGAGCAAAUCUAUGCUGAACGGGAUUAUUUGUUCCGCCGAGGAAUGCGGUGCCGGGAAGGGCAGGUAUUUCAAUUAUGAUUUAUAAUAAUUUUGUCGAGCAUGGAAUAUCCUGUUAUAUCAGGACCAAACGCUGGUCUAAAAAGAUGUGUGGUGUCAUAGGAUUCGCCACACUGGCAGAUUUCGCAGUGAGGUUCCCGUCCUUUUGAUAUGAAUUAUGUUGGAUUCAAGUUUUAAUUCAAACGUGCUACCUACCCUACCCAUUAUUGUUUCUAAUGUAACCCAUAUCUGUCUGUAGUGUGUUUCUGAACCCUAUCUCACUGAGCCUUCACUAUCCGCAGGAUAUUCGAUGACCAACAGAUAUUUUUGGAAAAAACUCAGCGGUUAGAUCGUUAUUUUUCUGGAUCUAGGACAUAAAUUCAAUGAAGUAAGUCCAGCCACCUUCAUGAUCUCUCUCGUACAUACCUAAGACUCCAUGGGCCUGUAUGAGGUGGCCUUUGCCUUGAGGCUGCCUACAGUCAAAUUACCCAAUUAGAUUUUUGUGGAGAUAGAUAGUUACAAGGCAAAAUCAGAUCACCAGUUCACUCUUCUGAUACUCUUCCAAGGUGGGCUCUGUUGAACAUGUUGUGUAGCACUAAUCCUAUAAAUUCUCAGUCCUGGUCCAUUAUCCAUAUGGCAUUUAGCUUUCUGCACUGCUACUUAGCGCGCCCCGCCGCCAAGCAACUCAACCUCCAUAGCUUCAUCCUAGGGCUACUACUGGGUGGACCACACUCUACCAUACCAUACCACUAGAGAUUCAAGGUCCUUUUUCUAGCUCGAGUGUCGGAGAGGUGGGAAAUGAUUUGAUAGGUGCUAAAAUUAGCAAUCAUCCCUCUCCCACACAUCGAGAGCCAGCCCUGACAGAUGUUAUCUGACAUGUCUAAGAUUUGUAUCUGCGCUGCCCCAUAUGCAGCCUUACGUGUCUGGGUUAGGGGCUUUUCCGGGAUUACUGGAAUGGAACCGCAGACAUGCUAGGAUCCCGAUCGAAUGAUACUUCAUGACUUGGAUCCUAUGAAUUCCGCGAAUCUAAUGGUGAUGUUUUCCGUUGGUCUUCAGAGCUACUGGUUCACAGCAGCUUUUCUUACUUUGAAGGUGGAAAGAGGGUUGGCGAGGAGAAAAUAUGGUUCAAAAUAUGGAUGAACUCUCUAAAUAUACAUCAAGUAAGGAAAGGACAGAAUAGGAAAAUGAUUCCGAAAAGAGAAUAUGCUAACUCCCUCUCGCUACCGAUGGUUUCAAUGGACAAUGUCCAAACAAUUCGAGUAACACAUCUUAACCAAAGCAAUCCGAGAACUUCCAUGAUUCGCAAAUAUCAAAUUUUAAACAAAACGCAAACGAAAAUGAAUCGCAUCCCUACUUUCCCACUUCCUUCCAAAAGAAAUAAAAACAUGAAAAGAAUCCUCCUCAACCGGCCAUUCCCUUACUCCUUUCCGCAUGUAAUGACAGUGCCGCGCAUGUCACGGGGUUUGGCCUCGUCUCUGUCGUCGUCCAAGUCUUCAAAAGUGUCGCGAUAGUUAAUAUCCGCAAUAAGAGCGUCAUGUUGAUCUUUAAUCGUGCAGUAACCGCCUCGAGCAAUCUUUGUCAGCUGGACGCUGGAGGCGAGAAGAUGGCCAUGAGAGACGACGUGGGUGUCCCCGAAGAGCUCGACAACGUCUCUGGGUUUGUUAUCAAGCGGGAUCAUCUUUGAGCCCGAGCGCCCGGUUAGGUCGUUUGUUAGCUGGACUCUGACACUGUGGCUUCUCUGGGUGCUGCGACGUGUGGGAGUGGCAGAGAUGGAAGUGGCAAGGAGGCCAAGGACAACGGCGAAGGAGAUCUGCAUUUUGAAGAUUGAGGUAUAUGUGUUUCUUGUCUGAUGAAUAUGUAGUGUUUGGAAGGAGGCGUGGACGGUUGAGAAUUCUAGGAGCAGAGAAGCUUAUAAUAUUGCUGGAAGAGGAUUUUUUUUUUUUGGAUUUCUUUGAUGCUGCUGCGAUUGGAGUUCUGGUUCUGUGAUGAUUAUUUCUGAUUCUAAAGCAGAUGCACGAUGUCCUUUAUAUCUUUCUCUUCGGCAGCUCCAUGUUAUUAAAGGAUCCAUACUUUGCGCAGCCGGUCAGAUUCCAGUGAGGUAGGAUUCUCAUCAAUAAUGCGCCCACGUAUUUUUGGCGAUCUUUACCCAAGAUUUAGCCCAUUGUACAGCCUUCGCUCCUAAUUGAUAGACUCGCUGUCAAGCGGGGUGUGCAAGACCUUCCCCCCCUUUAGUAACAUUAGAGGCUAAAUCUACGCUAGAUCAACGCUCCCUAAGAGAAAUACAGCGGCUGGUAAUCUGAUCGUUCAGCUCAAACAUGGGUGCGAUGUGACAAGAAGUGCAAACGGGGAUUUGCGAUUCCCAUUCAACCUUGGCGUAUCCCUUUAGGAGGUUCGUUAAUUCAGCCGUGCAGCCAGUCCGCGCCUCGUCGAAAAGCCGCGGAACUCAGCUCACGGUGAUUUCAAUUGGUUCUGCGAUGUCAUAGCCACGCUCCCCACUAGAGGAGAUUUAUCCUCUCUAAGUCGGACCUACGCUGAAAGUGGAAUUGGACGGUCAUCAGCACUCUGAACCAGAAGCCAAACUUUUGGUAACUACGGGGUAGUUUUGCUGGAGUCAGGCCAGUUCCAUUACUGUUCUAUUUUCUCAUUCCGUGCAGCUUACUAUGAUAGAGAUUCGGGACUUGGCUCGCAAACAUAUCAUCAUCAACAAUCCAGCUUAGCCGUAUUGGAUGUAAGUUAUCAGGACACUAAGAUAUACAAUUAUUGGCCAGCAAUGCAACGGAUCGAUUUACUAACUUCUAUAUCAGCGAAGAUCUGAGGAAUUCGUAAUGAAAUAUCUAUUUUGAACAUCCAGCUGUACAAAAUUGAGAUAGGGACCGUUCGAGCUCAUAAUCUCCUACAACCCGAGGAGGGAGCCGAUAUGGAGCUAGAUUACAGCGUACCCGAUCAAACAGAUAGAACCUUCCAUGCUGCUGUUAGUGAUGUUAUUGUGGUCAGGGUUCC